AUGGAAACUCGGCUGCCCGAACUCAUGAAGCAAUUCCCACUUGCUCAUAUAACGUGCGUGCAUCCCGAGAAAGGGGAGGAGAAUAGGAUCAAGGUUUUGUGGGGGAGAGCGGAUGACUGGUUGCUGAUGCAAGCGGUUAAGGAGUUAGGCGAGGGAGAGGAAGAGGGAGGGUUCUGUGGUGAGAAGGUGGCGGAGUGGAUGACUGCUUUAGCUCCGGGGAUUGGUGGUGGGCUGAUGAUGUACACUGCUGAUGGCGUUGAGAGGGUUUGGAGGAUGAGAGGAGCGGAGUUGGGGGGUGAUGGGUUGGGGGAGUGGGACUGGGAGUGGAACUCAGGAUGUGAACGGCUUAGUAUCGAGCCUGAUGUCUCUUUUAUUGUCACUCCCAAUGUCUUUGAAACUGAUCUGGUUGGGUGUGUGCUUGAUGAUGAGUUGUAUGAGCCUCUUCCCGGAUCUCCGGUUGAUCAAGUAGUUGAGCUGUGUAAGUGUGGAUCUGGUGAUAUCGAUUUAAGCUUUCAGAAUUUGACUUUGGUCUCCCAACCUGUUGUAGAUCUCUGGUAUGAGGUUCUUGUUCAAAAGCUUGAGGUGGCUGCUUUGGAACAGGAAGAAGAUGAGGAUGAGGAUGAAGAGGUAUACUUUAUUCUUUGAACAUUUCUCGUUCACCUUCUUCUACUUCGUGAAUUUCCUUGCCCAUUAGAUUUCUUGAUUUAAGUGCUAACAUACUCAAGGGAAAGAAAAUCAAUUUUCUUUUUUUGUUUUCAGUACUUUGCGCCUUUACAGCUCAUCUGGAAGGAGAAAUAUUCAAGUAUUUUACUCCCACCCCUCUCAGAAUACCCCGAUAAAUCUUUCGGCUUAACAUUCCAUACUUUCCCAGUGCCCUCCAAUAUACCAAUAACUUUUAGUACACAAUUCCUUUCUUCUGACCUUUCUUCUUUUCCCCUCUCUUCUCUAGUGACCCAUAUUCACAACUUUCAAUUUUGCGUUCUCUGGUUAUAUCCAAACCCCCACAUUCCCAAAAAGUAAUCUCUCCCUGUGUUAAUAGAGUUCACAAGUAUCACUCACGGACCCGUUAUUCCCAUACGUCGUGAGCGAUACUUUAAAACAAGGCAUAUCACCGUUGUGA